AUGGAAAGCUACGACGUCAUCAAAACUAUUGGCAAGGGAGCUAGUGGUACGGUUCUCCUCGCUACAGAGAAGAAAAGUUCAAGGUAUAGUUGGGUAAACCUACAGCUGUGGCAGAACAGACUGGAACAGCGGACUAAAAGCCUGACUUACAGCAGGGGUGUCUUUUUGAGGAGGUCUAAUGUGAAGGCUAGCAGAAGUAAAAGAAUGCAACCCUCUUGUGGGGAAAGUGGGGCAAAAAAUGUGCUGGAUGAGAAAGCAUUACAAUGAGACCUUAAAAUAAGCUAACUACCCCAUGACUUGCUACGUUUAUGUCCUGGGAUAAAGUUCAUUUAGACAGACCAGUAGAGACAAAAUAAUAUGCACCCUUUUAAAACACUAUAGAAUUCCCACCAUCUUGGUCAAAGUUAUUAUGCCUUUCACAUCAAUGCAGCACACAUCCUCUUUUGCCAUAGCUGCACAUUCACAUGUGUUACUCUUUUGUUAUUACAGACAUGUUGCUAUUAAAGAAAUCACAUUAGAUCCAAAUAAGAAGAACAGAACUAAAGAAGCUGUUUUAAAAGAAGCAAGGUACUGUUUGAUUAAGCAAUAGAAAACAUAGUUUCGGUGUUUGCAUAGCGUGAUAUAAAAACGAGAGGGGUUGGGAGAAUUAGAGACAGUUAACCCGAGACGAAGUCGAGGGUUUGCAUAACCGUCAAGAAUUCUCCCAACGCCUCAAGUGUUUAUAUCAGACUAUGCAAACACAGGAAAAAAGUUUUCUAUUGCUUGUAUUAAAUAACUUUCCCGAGAAAAAAACGCAAAACUCUUUGUAUGGCACUGAUUAAAAGAGAAAUUCUCACCAGUCGCAAAAUCUUGUCCACGAAGUCUUACACGCGUAAUCGGUUCUUGUUUUGCAAAAAGAUGCUUUGCAAAAUACGGAUUUUUCUCGCUUAAGCGAAGAAAAAUUGACUCGCCUUCUUUGUAACGGUUUUCCAUGUCUCAGCCGAAGAAGGAAUGGGUAAACAAAGUAAACUUGUCGAGUUUUGAACUCGAAAACUUUUUCAAAUUCGUGCUUGCGUGAUUACCGCGCGAAAAGCCAAACAACUUCUCGCCACAACCAUGUUUACAUACUCUCGUGCAAACACUCGGCCACUCGGCCACUCUCGUGCAAACACUCCUCUCGCGUACUAUCUUAGUUAUUUUGUAAAUAGUAGUGUUUAGGCUAGCCUGCCAUCAUCUUUCUCAGAGAUGCCAACCUUAGGAGAUCUAAAAUCUGGGGACGAGUCUUUCUUUUGAAUAGUUCCCCCUGCAAAUAUCAACUCGGAUCAACCCCCCCCCCCCCCCGAUAAACACAAAUUGACCCAAUCUCCAAUGUGGUAGUCACACUUCGCCAUCCGUCAAAAGGAGGUCCCGUCGGAACUUCUUCCGAUGAUGUGUGGUUGGCCUAAAAUUAGCUUUGUGUGAGCUCGUCGGCUAACAAACUGAACAAACCGUUGUAGAAACGUACGUUAUAAAUCUAUUUUUAACUAAAGAAUACGUCUAAUCUAAAGAAAAAUUAUCUUUCUUUUUGCUGGAAGCUAGACUUUCCCAAAAAUUCUAAACCUCCCUUUCAUGGACGGCUGAUUACAACUGUGACGGCGCGACAUCGCUUGGCAAUCCCUCAAAAGGAGGUUGUCUAAGAACCGGAAAUUGAAGAUUCAAAGGGCAAACAAACAGUCAAAACGUGCUGUGUUAUGUUUGGUAUGUGUAUUAAAAAAAACACUUCUCAUUGCUGAAUAAAAUGUCAAAAAGUCUAUUUCUUAAUUAGGAAACCCGCGCUCUAUUCUUUUCAGUAAUUCACAUUACUUUGAAGAUUAUUUCGUUCUGCUGUCUUUAUAAAACAAUUUGCCCAGGUCUUUAUUCUUAUUCUGAAGACAUGAACUUUCAACAAAAACUCAAAACCUCCCUUUGAUGGAUGGCUAAUUACAACUAAAAGGGCGCAACAUCGCUUUGCAAUCCCUCAAAAGGAGGUUGUCAAACUCAAUCGGAAAUUGAAAGGUCGGUUAUGGAUGAUUGAAUCUCGCCGAAGAGCAAACAAAGCCGGGAAACUGGCGGGAAAUUCGUCCUCUUGUUGUUCGCCGGGGUUGUUCGCUUCCCAAUUUCAAAGCUAGACAAGGAGAUAUAUGCGAGGAAUAUUAUCAGUCAUGCUGUGUCUGGACGUAUUGAGAGAUUUCGUACGACAAUAGGAUGGCAAAGGAAUAUACUUUAAAAGCAAUAAGUUCAUUGUUUGAAGAGAAACUGUCAGAGAGACUAGAGAGGUCGUUUCUUGUGAAGUAUGUCAAAGCCGCGGAGUCAAUUCUCAGAGAGUUUGAAACAACAACCACUACGAGAUAAGCUUGUUUCAAAGCAAGCAAAGGAUUUGGGAACACAGGUAAGGGGCUUCCUAUUUUAUUCAUGAUAGCGUGCAACCGCUGAUAUGGCAAAUCGAGGAGACCUUGCGCUUCUUGAAUAUAAACUCCGAGGAAAUAUCAACUAUACAGCUCUGUGAUAUGCGUAUAUUUAUAUUUAGGCUAAUCAAUCGGGCCAACUUCAAAUUCUUAUAAAGCAGAGUUUAAGUGUUUAAAUGUAAUAUAAAUUAUUUCUUCAAAAGGAAAUGAAACGCAUCUGUGUACAUAGAAACAAUAAUGUGAGGGUAGGAGUAAGGAGAAGGUUUAGGGAGGGUGUGUGGUUGAUUUCACAAGUGAACUGCUAGAUCAGAAAAAACCUCUGGUUUCCCAUCCAACAACGAACAUUUUAAGGAGAACAGGUUAAUAGUAACAAGGUCUCUUAGUUCAAAGUGUAGGGAAAUGCUUCAACAUAGACAGUGGCGGAUCCAGGGAAUCCUUACUUUUACACCAAACUGAAGCCGACCACCCCUCUUAUCUAAGGGUCUGGAUGAUCACCCCCCCUCCCCCCCCCCUAAUCUGAAGGUCUGGGUCGGCCACUGAUAGGUUUUCUGUCUAUUAACAGAUAUUAAAUCCCACAAGCACAAAGUGUUAUGGGAAGACGGUAGCCUGCGAGCAAGCUCUCCUAUUUGGGCGAGCGAAGCGAGCCGCGCGAGAACGCCCCCCGCAGUCGCGUUUCCCCUCUCCCCAAAUGGAGAGCUUGCUCGCAGGCUAGCGUUUCGACCGCAUUCCAUUUGUUGUGGUAAAUCACAAAGUGUACGCCUGUCAGCAUGGUGUGAACAGACAUGUUAGAGAGAAAAAAAGAAAUCAAACGGUUAGUUUAUUUUUCAUAUCGAUUUUCCAAUUUUCGCUUGUACCUCCGCCUGACAUGUGUGUGUGUUCUUUCCUGUAGGGUGUUGACCAUGCUUAUCGAAAAAAUGGAGCUGGCAAACUUCUUCAAGAGUCUAGAAAGCUCAAUUAUCCUGCACCAGUACAUUUGAGAGAGAUCAUCAAAUUCCCAGAGUACAAGGUAAAUACCAACAACAGCGAGAAUUACGGUAGUUACAAAAUUAACCUAAUAGAAUUAACCUCUCGUUAAGCUGCGUUUUUUGUGCUUUUAUGUUAUAUAGAUACCAGAAAAGACAGAGUGGCGUUGUAAGAGCCAGUCCAAGAAGCUACGGCAGGCCAUAGAAGAACCUCUGAAAACCAUCCGACGGUUCUAUCCCUCCAAAGCGACCAUCCGCAGCCAUAUUUACAAGUCAAUUGUUAAGGAAAGGUUCUCAAAAUUUGACCAGGAAGACCUUUUAAAGAGAGUACAGCUUUGGAAAAAAACCUCACCCGAUGACUCUUUCGCAUAUCACCCAUACGCCACCUACGCCAGUGAAGAAGAGAGCACGCGACCUGAAGAGGACAGUGACGGAGAGUCUGACAAUGAGGGAGAGGAUGAGCGAAUAAUUAAGACAUCAACAAAGGGGUUCUUGUUUGUUCAUCAGUCAAAAGAUCAGAGACGACUUUUAGAGCGCCUAGCGAUAUGGAAACGAAAUUUGUAUGCUAGACGCAACUUACAAGACCACAAGAUACAACCUCCCUCUUUUCUUUGUUGUUGUCAAGACUAACGUUGACUAUCAGAUUGUAGAUUCUUUCGUUGUUCAAAGUGAGACGACUGAUGCUAUCUUUGAGGCGUUGUCCGUUCUGAAGUGGUGAACCAAAAAUGGAACCCCUCCUGUUUCAUGGUUGACUAUUCGGAUGAAGAAAUGUCAGCAAUUGGGAAUUUAUUCCCAGGUAGUUCAAUAAGUAAUUGCUUGAAAGAGUGGCUCAUAAAUAUAUGGGUACUUAAAAACAUUGAUGGUGAUGUUGCGCUUGCAGCUGAAACAAUACUGACGAAAAAGUCGCGUAUAAUCACUGUAAUUUCCAAAUGAAUAACUGUUCCGUGAGGGGGGAUUAAAUAAAAUGUUACAUUACAUUAAGAAAAAUGUUACAUAAAAUGUUACAUUACAUAAAAUGUAACGUCCGAUCGGACGUUACAUUUUAUGCCGCUGACCCAAGGAGAGGUUUUUUUUACGUCAUUACUGCUGAGUAUCUCUCGGUGGCGGCUUUCGAUAUUUUUUGGUCAUUUGGUCAGUUAUGCGAGAGAGAAGAUGGGUUACUCUCCCUCUCAUUUCUCGCGCACUAGUGAGGCUGGGCUGAACGUUAGACUUUUGCGGCGUCCGAUGCACUUGGUCCCUGCAGACACCGACGAAAACAAAUCAACGUAGUGUCCCUCUUUUGUUUUUAUAUUCACUCCUAUUUUGGUGUUAAUAAUUAUUAUAUACUACUAAUAAUAAUGAUGAUGAUGAUGAUGAUGACGAUAAGGAGGAUGAUGAUAUUAAAGAUAAUAAUAAUGUUAAUGACGUUUAUAAUAGUUAAAACAACAAUACUAAUAAUAAAUAUAAUAAUAAAUCAUGAUGAUGAUAAUCGUAAUAUAAUAAGAAAUAAUACAAAGCUAUCAGAAUUUGAAGAGUCGAAUAUAAAGCUAAGAAAACAAACGGCUUUUUACCCUUUGCAGGUACGUGAAGUUAAACACAAAGUUGCAUGCAACCUUUCGCCGCUAUAACCCAAACAUCCCAGCCUAUUUGACAUAAAGACCGCACUACACAAUUAACCACUGCCUAGAGAAGCGCUCGAUUGCGGAAUCGAUCCCAAGCAGUCAUGUCGAGGCUAUUGACCUUACAAAUGGCGUGUUUACGGUGAGAAGCCAGAGUAGUAUGGAGGACAAGCAGAGCUACAGAGUCCAGUUUGGAACUGAUCAGCCCAGCUGUGAGUGUUACGACUGGGAAAGACAGAGAUUACCAUGCAAGCACUUCUUUGCCGUAUUUCGUCACUUCUCCUCGUGGUCGUUUGAUAACCUGCUAGGUCCAUAUAAAGACUCCCCUUUCUUUACUCUGGACGAAGAAUUGUUUAUGCCCGAGUAUGCGAGUGCACGCGAAAAUAUCUUGCAAGAACCUUCCGAAAGUAAACCAGCAACUAGCACACAACAGCCAGCACCGGCACCAGCGCCAGCACCAACAUUUAGCACACAAAUACCAGCACCAGAACCUGGCAAACAACCUGUACCAGCAAGUGGUACACAAGCACCAGCCAGUUACCGAUGCAUCCUCUUAUGUAUAUUCUCCUGCCAUGGCAUCGGCAACGUCUAAGACACCCGCAUCUCCUUCCACAUCACUUGGCACUUCCUCACAUACAAACUCAAUCUGUGAUGGGACACUCCCCAUUAUAGUUCUUGAUGACAAUGACUCCCAAGAUGCAACAACGUGGCUCACAAUCAAUAGCUUUUCCUCGGAUGACCCUAAGCUUACCCUCUACAUGGAAAGUAAAUUUGGUAUAGUAAAGCCCACAUACUGGCUCCAUGACUCCGAAAUACAUGCAGGACAAGUACUGCUGAAGAAGGAAUUUCCAUUCAUCGAUGGACUUCAGGAUCCUGCUGUCAAAGGAUCACUUGUUAUUCCGGCCACAUCCGAGUUUGUCCAGAUAAUUAACGUGGGUAAACACUGGGUGUGCAUAAGCACCAUUGGUUGCCUGGCUGGCAUAGUAAAAAUAUUUGAUAGUUUGUUUUGAUUGACCACUCUUGCCGCAUGCUUUUCUACCAACAGGACACUGUAACAUUCUGCAAUGAAAAAGUGCAAAAGCAGCUUGGCGGCAGUGACUGCGGUCUCAUGGCCUUAGCUUUUGCAACAGACUUGCUGCCAUGGUUUAGAUCCAGCAACACGGAGGUACAGCUAACUCGAGAUGCGCCAACACUUUGUUAGCAGCCUAGAACUCAGGGAAAGUGAAACCUUUCCCCAAGACCAACUAAAGAGUGCACUGCCAUCUAUCUUAUAACCGGAAUUUCUCUGCCAAUCUUGUCUUUUAGGCUCCCAAAUAACAAGCAUGAGUACAUACAGUAUUGUUCAUGCCGUGGUUGGUAUCAUCCUCAGUGCUCCUUAGCCCCACAAUGGGCCAUCACAUCAAAGCUGCCAUGGAAAUGCCCAAAAUGUAAACUACCUAAGGCAAAAAAAGGAAAGAGAACCAUCUUGGGAGCAGUGAACAAAGAUAAUUAAACAGUAGUUUAUUUAAAGGGGAAUUGUCACUGAAGUUGUAUCAUUUCGGUCAAAGUUUAAGCGUUAUCUUUGACUACAAGCACGCAAUCCUUGCUCUAAAAAACGAUACAAUUAUCUUGAAAUACCUAACAGAAAACCCAGACUCGUUAACGAGAAAGCAACUUAUAAUCCAGUUUACUAUCAUUGAAUAUUUUUGUGGGAGUAAAAGGCCCUGGUUAUUUUUCAUUUCUUGUUUUUUUGGCCUUGGUGACACUGCCUUUUUCUAAUAUCAAUGCCGUUGAAUCCCUUGAAAGGAACCAUGUAGUACGUGUGGGCAAAUGAAAUACAAUGAAAGGUAAAAUGGCAGCUUGUCUGUACAUGAAAACCGUUGAUGGCUGUAAGGAUACGUAAUUGUGCGAAAAACUGUCUUUAUCUGUGUUGUAUGUACAAAAUAAUAAAAACUGUGGGUGCUGGUAAUCAGAUAUCUAAGUGACGUCUAUAUCAUGAUUAGUUCCUGUUCAGAGGCCAAUUUGCACCACUGAAAAAAAUACAACCGUGCAAAUAAAGCUGUUGUUGCUGUUUUUAAAGGGUCACUGCAGUUGCUGUUGUUAUUCAACAAGGGUUACCGUAGCAGCUGUUCAAUGCAAUCAACCAUGAUACAACAGAUCACCCUCAUAAUAUAUAGAUUUAGCCAGGGCUAAAAGCGAGGCUCCAUUAAUACAUUUAUAAUUUAAAUCAAACAAUAAACUUGUAUUCCACAAUUCAGUUAACUUUAGAGCACAUAGUACAUUCAUGUGACUUUUGAGGGAAAGGUUAAGUGAUUUUAGAGGAAAAUAAUUUGCAAACAGCCUAAGAGUGAACAAAGUGUUACAUCGAGUUGAUAGCCUUAUAUGUACACCCAAAAACUGGUAAUCAUCUUCGAUCACAUUUAAGAGCCAUAAUGGCCCUUGAUCACCGUAAGAUUAAUUAGGCCUGGAAAAAAAAUCAGGCCGAAUUUUUUUGCGUUCGACAAGUUUACUUUACAAAAUCUUGCCAGCAAAUCUGGGUGCGUGUAAACCAACCUUUUAUACCAUUUAUACAUCACAUCUGAGGUGAAACAGUACUAUGAGGUACUGUUUUUGUCAUACAGACCUCGGACAGAAUGCAGUAUUUCACAAUUUUGCAACAGAAAUUGCAUUCAUUCAAUAUUCAGGAUGAUCGAGACACGCGUGGGCUUUUACCUAAACCGUUAAAAAAAUUUCCAAAAUCACAUAUACGGCUAGCCCGAAUUACAUCCGAUUACUUCGAGUCGUUAUUACUCCCUCAGUAGUUGUUGAAAGGAGAAAACGACUCGAAGCAAUCGGAUGAAUUUCGGGCUAAUAUACGGCCAGCCGGUUCUCACUUUUGCAGUGCAAGCUGUAGCAAGUGUUUGAACGAACAUACUAGAGUUAAGCUCUAACAUAAUAAAGAAAUUAUUAUGUUUAUUUUUUAUUUAAUGGUUUUAUCGAUGUGUAAUCUUUAACAGCGUUUGAUACACGCGGAAUUUUGAGCACUUCGGGAAGCGUUGUUCACUGAACGACUGAAAACAAUCGGCACAGCGAUUAAAAUUACAAGAGAGACUACCAACAAUCAAUUAAAAGAAAUAUAAUUCGAUGAAACAUAUAUAGAGACAACAUUUUUCAUUCACGAAGACAAGUAUUAAAGUGUCUCUAAAAAUCUUGAGUCUUCAAGCUUAAAGCUUAAGUUUAUGUUUUAAGCCGGCUUCCCGGUAUUUACUCUUUUCAAAGAUGAACUCGAGGCAAGAAAAUCGCUCAAAGCUUUCUUUUACAGCCAGAAUUAUAACUAAAUGUUCUUUGGAACGUUUUCUUUCUAUUUGCGGUGAGAAAAUGUCUAGCUAAAGGCUUUUUAAAGUUCUGUAAGCUUAUAUCAAACCUGAUUCUUGGCCAGAUCAAAUUAGGGCCAUUUAUACGAGGAAAAAUAAGACGCGAACUGUACCAUUUAUACGAGAAUGUCUUAUCUAAGACGACAACAGCUCGUUUAAAUUGUUCGCGUCUUAUUUCUGUUCUUGACUCGUUUUCAUGUGAAUGUUGCCCGUAGCAACGACAAUCCAACGUGGCGCGCCAAAAAUUAACGCAUGCGUACUAUGCGAAGGUCAUUUAAACGAAGUUUUUCUCGUCUUAGCUGAGACGCGUCUUAUCUUAGAACAGGUGUUAAGGGCUGUUCUAAAAUAAGACGCGUCUUAGCUAAGCCGUGUCUUAUUUUAGAUGAAAUGUGCCGUUUAUACGGAAAGUUCGCUUCUUAUUUAAGACGCGUCCUAUGUAAGACGCGUCUUAUUUUUCCUCUUAUAAAUGGCCCUAUUGUCUCAAAUCUUACUAACGUACGCGUGCAUAAACUACACGGCCGCAUAAACUACGCUGGACUUCAUUAAAUUAGAUACAAAAAACAAACGUCAAACACAAUAAUUACUAAGGCUUACCAUUCGAGAUGCAGCUCCAGAAAGGUAUCAAGUAAGGCCAGUAUCGCUUCAGAGUUUUUAACCCUUAGGCAUCAAGCAAGGUGAAAAACGAAAACGAUGCCAUCCGAAAUCGGAUUUCCGACUUUAACAAGUGAUUUAUUAAUUUCUCAACCAAAACCAACUGGCCAUCAAUAACAGAAGACUCCUGAUAGCAGCUGAAUUUCAUUUUGAGUAUCCAGUGGAAAAAGAGAGUUAAAAACAUCACAAGUUGACAAGAAACUCUGUCAGCUUCAGCUGUCAAAGUAAACAAGAUUCAAGAUGCUGCAUAAAUUUUCCCCAUGAGCUCUCCUGUCAAAUUUUGACCAACCAGAGCAUAAAAAUUGGAAGUAGAGCGUGACCAAUGCGUGACCAUGGUGAGCAAAGUCAAAGGUAACUGUCUUCCCUACCUGUAAUAGCUGGCUGAAUUUUCGCUUCGGAGGUCAGUUUUAAAUCAUUUACUUGUCAGUUUUAAAUCAUUUAAUUGUGCGGCACAAAAACAAAACAUAUUUCAUAUGAAUUUUAAAAAAAUCAAACUUGAGCCUGCGAUCAUUUGAAAACCAGUAACUUGUCAGCGGACAACUUUGAAAAUAUACUUGACCUCGAUGCGUCAACACCUGAGCCCGCGAUACGGACAAGUCAUACUGGUCUGAUACCCUGUUUUGACAGCUGUCAAUUGAUCACAACAUUGAUGUUCAAUGGAUGUGUGCAUUAUAAUGUGCAUUAUAAGUUUUCCUGUGCUCUCAAACUAGCUAGAAAAGUAUGAGAUUGAACAUUGAUCGAGAUCGCGAUCUAGUAAAACAAUUAGUCAGCAGACAGCUUCCAAAUAAAUCACGUCACCUUGAUGAGUUGGCACAUGAGCCCUCGAUAUGACAAUGUGAUACUGGUCAGUGGCUAUCCUGUUUUGACAGCUGCCAAUUGACCAUAUUGUGAAUGGCCGAUAUAAAAGAUGUGGCUUUGCCAAGACACGCCUAAGACACCCCUCCCUUCCUUUUGAUAGUCUCCCAUACCCUACCCGUUUAAUCUGUAGACGCGUACGUACGUACGCUCGGUCAGUCACGUGAUAACCAAACAAAAAGAGAUUGACCAUAUUCUAUGAGUAUGGGGCUCUGUCCCCGCUAUUAACUUAGUUUUAGUCAUGUUAGAAUAUAUAUCUAUGCAAAAGACAUUAGACUGCAAGUGGAGUGGCCGAAAGGCAAGUUCAUCUCCUUGCUUUGAAAUUGGGAAGCGAACAACCCAGGCGAACAACAAGAAGACGAAUUUCCCGCCAGUUUCCCGGCUUUGUUUGCUCUUCGGCGAGAUUCAAUCAUCCAUAACCGACCUUUCAAUUUCCGGUUGAGUUUGACAGCCUCCUUUUGAGGGAUUGCAAAGCGAUGUUGCGCCCUUUUAGUUGUAAUUAGCUAUCAAUCAAAGGGAGGUUUUGAGUUUUUGUUGAAAGUUCAUGUCUUCAGAAUAAGAAUAAAGACCUGGGCAAAUUGUUUUAUAAAGACAGCAGAACGAAAUAAUCUUCAAAGUAAUGUGAAUUACUGAAAAGAAUAGAGCACGGGUUUCCUAAUUAAGAAAUAGUCUUUUUGACAUUUAAUGCAGCAAUGAGAAGUGUUUUGAAUACACAUACCAAACUUAACACAGUACGUUCUGUUUGUUUGCCCUUUGAAUCUUCAAUUUCCGGUUCCUAGACAACCUCUUUUUUAGGGAUUGCCAAGCGAUGUCGCGCCGUUGUAGUAAUCAGCCAUCCAUGAAAGGGAGGUUUAGAGAUUUUUGGGAAAGUCUAGCUUCCAGCAAAAAGAAAGAUAUUUUUUCUUCAAAUUAGACGUUUUCUUUAGUUAAAAUUAGAUUUAUAACGUUUUCAGUUUGUUAGCCGACGAGCUCACACAAAGCUAAUUUUAGGCCAACAACACGAAGGCGACUCGGGUCAAGUCGGAUUCCAUCAUCGGAAGAAGUUCCGACGGGACCUCUUUUUGACGGAUGGCGAAGUGUGACUACCAAAGCCCCCAACUUAUAAUGGUUGUGGCUUAGGGCAUUAUACGAAGUUUUACAUGAGGUACAAGUCAUCAAAACUCCGUUUUGUUAUUGUACUGACGAAAUAUUAUUGUCAGUGUUAAAAUACAUGCAAAAACCCCCUAGAAACCAUACUAUGAACAAAAAAAAUCAGAUUUUGAGGAACAAAUAAGCAAAUUCCAAAACUAAAGUACAUAAAAGCUCAAAGGUUGAUUCUAUCCAGGAGAUUUGGAAUGAUGACCGGCAGAGGAGACUGGAAGAUUGGUGCCUUUUCCAGGAGACUCCCUGAUAAAUCAGCAGGGUUGGCGCUUUCUUUGGAUACUUGACUGAGCCAUUAUGGCUCUUGUUGACACAUAUUACUUUACUUUAUUUUUUGUUUUCUUAGCAUUUUAGCUCAGUUAAAACACCCACAUGUUGUUUCAUUUCAAGAGUCAUUUUUUGAUCCAUCAGAGGAAACGCUUUUCAUUGUUCAGGUACUGGUUAUUUGGUAUACUAGCUAUGAAAUGGUUAUGUUAGUAGCAAUUAUUAUUGGAUGGGUUGAGUUUGAUGUGAAGAAUUAUACAGAUUGAGGAGGGUGUUAUCCACUGAGGCUGAUGGUUGGGGCGGACCCUCUGAUAUCGGUAGCUAAGCUGUUUUAGGGUGCAGUUAUUUAUUUUAUUGAUGGUAGUACAUGAUAGAAGACCUGUGUAUGGUUAAGACACAGGAAAACUAAGAAAAAUCAGCUGACAGAUGACAGGUGCAAAACAUGACUGGAAAAUGAAAACAAAAAUGCUUCUCAGGUUUGAAAAUUAAACCAUAAAUUAAGUGUGAACCAUAACAUGUAGUGUUUCUUGCCCUCUUGAAUAGUGUUGUUGUAUAUCAACGCAUGGGAAUUCAAUGUUUCUUAUAAAAAAUAUUUGGUCUUAUUUCUUAUAAAAAAUGUUUGUUUGAGUGCUUUUUUUAAAGAUAGAUUCACGACUUUUACUUUAUCAUUUACAGCAAGGAUCAAGCCUAAAAGUGUGACAGCUUUUGAUUUACCCACAUUCUGUCAAACAGAUUUAAUCCAAUCUACUUCUGAUCCAGGUUAAUGUGUGCAUGAAAGAAUGCGAGUUAAUCAAAGGAGGUCACACUUUUAGGCUCCUUGCUGUAAUCCUAAUACAAGCUUUACCAAUUUUUUAUUAUUUCUUAUAAUGAAGGAUUUCUGUGAUGGUGGAACUCUGCAUGACAAGAUUGUUUCAGCCAGAGAAGUUAGUAAAUUGUAUACUUUUUAAUGAGCCCUACACAUAUUAAUAAAAAACAGCAAUGUAAAAAACAAUAACAGUUCAGCAACACAGAAAAGCUGACUUCAUCUUAGAUCUUCCACAAGCACCAGCCAUGUGAAAAGAGUUUAAGCUGGCUACAGAAACCACAGUGAUCCACCUCUUGGCAACUAAAAAGGGUCUUCCAGUACUAGUUGUAGUCUAAUUUCUAGCAAUAAUUAUAUAUUAUCAAUUAAAGAUCAAUUCUGGGAACUCAGCUUGUGCACUGCUAACAGUUGAUGGAAUGUUUGCCAUAAUAUUGGUAAAAAGGCUUCUUGCUUUAGUUCAGUUGGAUAAGUGCUGGUCUGCUGUGCCGCUGGUUCAAACCCUGCUAAAGUUGUUGUAAGUUUUCCUUUAGGGAUGUGGGUCAUCAUAGAUAUUUUCAGUUUGCAAUUUACAAUUAGAUUAAUUCACAAACUGGUAAGAAAGUGUCACUUUUGUUAGUUUAAGGUGGCUCGACUGGAUUUUUUUGGGGGGAUACCUCCCAAGUUUGAGGAUUAACUACGUCGCCAUACUUAUAGAUAUUAAUUGGCAAAUAAUCUCGGGAUUAUCAAAUUUAUAAAGAAAUUUAUCGAGCGGUUUUUUGAAAAAUGCGAAAUUUGUAGGCGUGGAUCAAUUACGUGCAAAAACUGUAACAAAAGCAGCUGAAUGCAAGUUAUUAAAAUUCUUCUUACUCGCCAACGCCCAGAGCAAUUCCCCUCUUUUUUUGUGUGCAGUUUUCAGUGGAGUCAAACCACUAUGAGAUGAAGCCGCGUUUCUAAAGCUUAUCAUUUUCUUCAAAAAAUUAGCUAAUUGUGUGGAUAGCAUGCUAUUUUACUGUUUUUAUGACGCUUCAAGCUUCAUUUCAAAAUACUUCGAAAACGUUCUCAUAUAGAAUUUGUUCAAAUCCAGUCGAGCCACCUUAACAUGCCUAUAUCUACUUUCUUUCAGAGCAAUUCUCCAUUUUCAGAGAAACAAAUAAUGCAAGUAAGUAUGAAAAUUUCUUGAGACUGGACAGGAGUCAAGCACAUUUUUCAACAUUUUGAAAUUAACAGCUCAUGCAGAAGUCCUCCACUAAUCUACACUGUGUUGUGCUGGUUAUAAUUUUUAUCUUGAGCAAAAGUCACGAUUGAAUGAAAGAAUUUAGCUUAGUUUUUUUUUCUUUCUUUCUUUUGUAAGUAAUAGUAUAAUACCAAUGAUUCCCUCAGUGCAUAUCACAUGAUAUCAUUCUACUGAGUGACCUAUUGUUAUGUUUCUUUGCCUAUGUCUAGUGGUUUGUUCAGAUGGCCAUGGCUCUUCAACAUAUUCAUUCAAAGAAAGUUCUUCACAGGUAUGUGCAUGAAAGCUGUAUAAAAUUGUCCGCUGUUUUAAUUCUGUUCAGAAACAGAAUAUGUAUUAUUUCCUUAUCUUGAUGAGCUGUAGGUUUUCAACUGUUUUAAGAUACAAUGGUUCCAUGAUCUAGUCAAAUACAAUUAACCGUUUGCAGGGAGCUGGGGCUCGUUUCUAUUUAAGAUUGAGGUUUCAAUCAUGGUUUGAAUAAUUUUGCAGAUAAUAUGAAACUAGCUAGAUAUGUAAACUAGCUUAGCUAGGAUCUGCACUUUUAUUCUUUAGAGUUUUAUAGUUUUUAUUAACAUCUUAAACGAUUUUGUCUUCAGAGAUUUGAAGCCACAAAACGUUUUUUUGACCAAGAAGGAUGUUGUCAAAAUAGGUAAGAAUGAAUGUUUAUUUGUAAUGUUGCAGUUAAAAUACUGGGAUAUUCUCUGUAGUUAAUUUUGCGAUUUUAACAUAAUACACAAUCAAAUAGGUAGUAAUAGAAGUAAUUAUCAUUGAGAUCUAUUUUUAAGGUUCCCAACUAGCAAAGUAUGCACACAGAGAGCUCAAAUAAAAACUUUGAGCCAGGCUUACACGAUAUUGUUCAUUCUAGGUGACUUUGGAAUCGCCAAAAUGUUGGAGAACACGUUUGAUGUGGCACAGACAUGGUGUGGUACUCCGUGUUAUCUAAGUCCAGAAUUAUGCCAAAAUGUGCCUUACAGCUCCAAGGCAGAUGUUUGGGUAAAGUCACUAUGCUUGUCAGCGGAAACUACUCCCUGUUAUUCUAAAAAAAAAAUUCUUUUACUAUAAAAAAUCCUUUAAUGUGAUGUUAACAGAACCGCUUAAUCGAUGAACACUUCAGCUUUCCACCGAUACAUGAAGUCUGCUUUUUGAGAGUUCAAAUACAUGUAUACAAACAUUAGCUGAUUAAAUGAAGACUGCUUUGACCUUUGGGAAUUGCGCACUGGGAAGCAAUUUUUUGGCGGUCACUAAGAAAAUCAUUGUUAAGUGAUUUCCGUAUGCCCAAUUGCCUCUUGUAACGUGCAGUAAGCUGUACAUUCUGGCGAUGAACUUAAAACUUUAAGCUUCUUGAACUAAACGCUUCGCUAUGAUUACUUUACCGGCCGAUUGUUGUCUGUGCUCAAAGUAUUUUGUAACUUUUUGUUUGUUCGGGACUGUUCUGCUAAGGCUGUUUUAUUUCUUCUGUAAAGGCUGGUUCUUGUAUGUCCAUUUCGAUCGCUGCUGAAAGCAUUGCACUAACAUUGUGGUAAAAUGAACACUAACCUUGAUAAUGAGACUAAGAUCAUUGUCCGCAGCAAUAGCUAACAUGGGUCGCUGAUAACACCGCGGCAAAACGUCUACACACUUUCCAGUCAGAUGAAAGUGUCCCGCGCGCUCUUAGCUUCAUUCUGUGUGCAGCUUGUGGUUCAGUUGUUCUGACCUGUUCUGCUUUAUGCUGCUCGUGUUUUUGACUAUUUUGUAGUUAUUGAAAUUGCCUUUAUGGAUAACCAGGCACAGAUCACUGAAACAAUUAGUCGAUUAGAUUCAGAAAAGGUAAGAUGAUAAUAACUCAGUGUGUAAUUUUGGCAAGAGCGUCAGGUAAACUGAUUUUCAUUCACGAAAAUAAAGUUUUUGACUGUUAUUUUUCACUUAACCUGGCUGAAACUAAGACAUAAAAUUAAAACGUUAUCAUUGCAAGCUUGUGUAUUGUACAGUCCGGAAUAUCCCUAAAUUUAAGGACAGGGCCAACUGGUCACGGGACACUUUUCAACCAAUGAGAAGGCGCUUUUGUGUUUAUCAACAAACAAAUCAAAACAUCGCCGCGGUGAUCAAAACAGCGGACGGAGUUGGUCAGAAUCAGUCAUCGUUUCGAGGCUCUCAGGCAUAUUUUUAAGACUUUUCAUGAGGCAUACACAAUUUUUUUAAGUGGACAGCGUAUCGCAAGCCAUAUUGGAAGUGUCUCGUGAAAUAUUCAGCACAUUUUGUGGCUUAUUUCUUCUUUAAACAACGCGAUAUAUGGGCGAGAUUUUGGUCGGUUUUCAAGGUAGGUGAACAAGUAUCUGUUAUUUUUUCUAUUCACAGAUUUUUUUUACGAAGUUCUAGAACAAGUAUCUGUUAUUUUCUCGAUUCACAGAUUUUUUUUACGAAGUUCUAGAUAUUUUUCCACGAUUGUCAUAUCGAUUAACUUUUAUCAUGUUGAAUGUGGGGAUGGUAGACAACCUAGAAUUUUGGUAGACCAAAAUGAAUUCCGAGGUCCAAAACACGUACGUUUUCCACUCCCGGGUUUCUCACAGAGCCGUGUUAUUACUUUUUUUCGCAUUAGUGCGAGCCUUUGCCUUUCUUUUCAAGGCCAAAACAACUUUAUUAGUCUUAUGAAUAUUCACGUCAUACAUCACGCCUCACUUUGCCGAAUUUGCGGGGAUGAAAUUGAAGAUGAUAAGCGCAAGGUAGAUACUAACCGCUUUGUUUCUGAAAUUCACCAAAUCUGGAAAGUUUUAAUGUCGCUGGAUUCUCCAAAUGUUCAUCCACCGUUAACAAACAAUCAAAGAAAGAAGGCAAAUUUCAAGUGUAAAUGAUGUAUUUCGCAACUCAUUGAACAUGCACUAAAUCUGGGAUAAAAUUAAAACAUUGCAGGCACUAUACAGCAAGCAAGGAAAGCACCAGAUGCGUGAAGUCAACACGAAACAACACCAGAAAACAAACAAGAAAAAUUAAUAAAUUUGAACUACUUUUUAUUCUUGUUAUGAUGACUGGUUCUUUGAUUCUUGUCCUGUAGAAGCUAAUAGGUAGUACCGAUCCUGUUUUGUAUGAUCUCAACAAAUUUUCACACUCUCUGUAAGGCUAUUUUUACACGGGACCAGUUUGCUUCUAUCAAAAAUCUUGCAAGCCAUGCCAGUGAAGCCACGACCUCUGCGCUCAGUCCGGUUUCAGUUCAAACACCCCAAUGAUUCCUUGCAAUGAAUAAUGCUCUUAUUCUCCUACAUGAAAUGUUUUCUUUGAAAUAUUAAAUGUGAAACCUACACGAGUACUGUAAGCUCAUCUUUAAUUCUGUCCGUCGACUUCGUCUGUUGUUUUGAAAAUUUUUGAGCACUGGGGCGAUGUUUUGAUUUGUUUGUUGAUAAACACAAGCACGCCUUCUCAUUGGUUGAAAAGUGUCGCGUGACCAGUUGGCCCUGUCCUUAAAUUUAGGGAUAUUCCGGACUGUUGUAGUUCUAAUUUUCAGUUCUUCACUUUCUCAGUCUACAUGUGUUAAAGCCGAUUCAAACUUUAUUUGGAAAACGACAACACACAAUCGCUUUGUAGUUUUGUUUACCAGUGAGUUUUACCGUGUUUUAAAACGCAACUUUUCUGGGUUGAUUGCCAUGAAACAUAGCUUAAUUAUACUGUUGAGCCGGUUGGUAGCAAGUUGACAACUCUAUUUAUUGAUUUUUCCAUUCUCAGGAUCAGAGAGCGAAAGCUGGUUCAGUGGCUUUUAGAAGUCGAACUUUUCAUGCCAUGUAUUUAGCAGCUAGAAGUUUCGUGUUUGCAUGAGAUGCAUCCGAGCCGCACAGUCUGAAAUUAUUGAAGUCUUCAACAAAAGAACAACCAUGUAAAAGAAUUAAAUAGGCAUUUUCUUGAAUGAAAGUCAUUUAUAGGCAUGUUUAGUUUCCCGGUGACUGCAGUCAUCAAAGUCAAAGUUGUUAUUACAUCCCGCCCAUCUUUUGUUUUGAGUUCUUGUUUUCUCUGAUAAUAAAACAAAUUAUUGAACGGACUAAAAUUUUAUUUCCUGGUUUUAGUGUUUUUUAUGACAAUGAUGACGUCUUUAUUUUGGUUUUUUUCAUAAGUAUUGUUAUUCUUUUCUUAGUUGUCGCCUUCUCCCAAAUUAACUUAUGCCAAACCAGUAGCAUGCAAGAAAGCCAGUAAAAACAAAUUCGUCUUGUCGAGCGCUCGCGACCUGCAAACUUCAAACAUCAUUUUCACCGUUGGUGCAAACAGAUAACCAUGUGGUGCAAAAGUUUGAGAAUAGAAAAAUAUAUAAGCUUUCGAAUGAAGUGAUUUUUUUGGCCCCCUUUUUUGUCUGUUUCGCCCUUUUUGCUUUUAAACUUGGGGCGACGGCAAAGUUAUGCUUACGCUAUUGGUUUAUAUACUAGACCGGAAAUAAAAAGCUGACCGGAUAUUAAAUUUUGUACUCAUGCGCAUUGCGUUUUGCCGCGGUGUUGUCGCUGAUAAGCGAUCGGUCAUCAACCUCGUGUUGAGUAGGAGAGGAGCCUAGAAAAGCUUGGGAAUGAGGCCGAUCGCUUAUGGAAACCAGGCUUAUUUGCUUUCGUAUAUAUUUUGCAUGUAAUGUUGCAUUUGUUACUGGCAAAAGCAGUAACACUAGUUGUUGAGUGCCUUUGAUAUAAUGUAUUUUUUUUUAUGUUCUUCAGGCUCUUGGCUGUCUUCUGUUGGAGAUGUGCGUUUUGCAAUACGCAUUCAAUGCAGGCAGCUUAAUCAGCUUGUUUUGCAAGAUUGUUAAAGUAGAUCAUGCGGUGAGAAGACGGCACUCUGGAAUCACCAGCCACUUAAUCAAAGAAAAAUCUUUCCUUUGUUACGGCAAUGCUGAGCACAUAUAUAUUUUAUGUUUAACUGUACAACUUAUUAACACUAACUAGUCAAUAUGGUUUCUAGGUCAUCAAAGUACAUUGUUAAAAACCUCAUGUGUGUGCUGUCCUAACAAUUAACUCCCACUCAUCUGUCUGUCGUAUUGAGUAGUUACGCGCUAUCUUCCAUACGUUACCUCUCUAUUUAUUUACGUGCGUAAAAUUUACGUACGCAAGCACAUAAAAAUUACGCGACAGUGGAAAUCCACACUUGCUGGCAAAAAUCUUUCGUCCUAAAUCAUGUUGUUGUACAUGUAUUCAUGUAUUAUCAAUAUCAUGUUUUCUCCUCUUAAGGAUGUUAAGAACUUAACUUAACUCACUGCAAGGUUCUGCCGAAUUCUAAUGGCCCUAAUGCCCCUGUUUAAGAAACGUUUAAUUGAAUCUUGAAAUGUCCCUGAUUCUUUUCGAGAUCUUGUUAUGGCUCUUUCCAGGAAGUUCCGUCACAAUAUUCAUCUUCUCUGUCGUCGCUGGUUUCCCUGUUGCUAUCAAAGUCCCAGGAUGAGCGUCCAUCGUAAGUUGCUUCUAUUCAUUUUUCCCAAGAACUGUUAAAAAAGAAACCCGUUUCGAACAAUUUGGUUUUUUUAAUCAAUUUUUUUAAUCGGGUUUGAACCUGUCAAAGAACUCUUGAAGAUAACAAGCGAACAGAUUAUAAGGUAGGACCUUAAGGUUAAUUUCCGAUAGGGAAAAUAAUUAUUCUUCACUUAUUAUGAUAACGAUAAUAAUUGAUGUUUUGUACGUUACGCCUGUUCACGUAUGUGGAAUUGUUUUGCUGCUAAAUCAGUCUUUAAUUCAUUUAUUCGCAGAGCUGGGGCAAUUCUUAAGCUGCCUUUUGUGAAAGAGCAUCUUGCCAUUCUGAUAAAAGAAAGGGAAGCGUUAAAUGCUAAGUAAGUAAAAAUGGCUUACUGCUUGCUGAUAGAGAACUACUUUAAUACUUUAAUAGGGAUACUCCUAAAACAGUGUACACUAUACUAGGAGAUAAAAAUAAAUAAAUAAAUAAAUUAUUAUUAUUAUUAUUAUUGAUAAAAGAAAAAUUUACAUAUCAAGUCUAAAAUAGAUAUCUACAUUAUAAAAUUAUUAUUUACAAUAUUCUAUCUACACUAAAAUUUAAUAUCAUAAUAACCUAAUCAUGGAACUUAUUGUGAGCAGUAUACCAUCAGCGGAAGGGAAAAAUAUCAGUAGUUACAGGUAACUUAUUCCUGGCUACUAUUGAACUUGGGUAGAAGGAACUGGAUUGAAUAUGAUGGAAAGGGAAUGCAUUGGGGGCUCGAGAAGCCCUUGUUAGUGGACAUACUUCAGAUGGAAGGGAGAUACUAACUAAACCUUGUUGGAUUUUAUAAAACAUUGAUAAUUGGUACGGAAGUCUGCGUUGUUCAAGAGUGUCCCUUACCAAGCUGUUUUAACAUGGGUGUAACAUGACUAAAGAUUGAGUAGUCUCUAAAAAAAAAAAGCUUCUUUAGUUUGCUAAGUGCAAGUGCAAUACAAACCUAUCAAAGUAGCGUUUCUUUUUUCGUCACUACAUUACGAUUAUGAGCAGAGAUUCAGAACUGCGAACGACAGUGGGCCAUUCGACAUUGCUCCACUAAAAUAUCCGAAGGACUCCAUGCUGGGGUCGGACAUGAUGUCUGGACAGCUCAAACACUUAAGACUGUAAUUUUGUAGUUGAAGAAAAGUCAACACAGUUGACUCCCUCCUAACGAACACCUCAGUAAAACGGGCACUCAUAGUUGGCCCCUGCCUUUCCUUACUAAGCUUUACUACCUUUAUCUGACUCUCAAUAAGACGGACAACUCUCUCAGAUGGACCUUGGUGCAGGUUCCAAAGGUGUCCAUCUUAGAGAGGAUUGACUGUGUAGUGUUUGUCCAGUCCGGUUUGUCCUGUUAAAAUGACGACCUGGUCGGAAAUAUGUCUUUCCUGAAAAUAGCCUGUGCCAGGCUCUCGGUCAGUGCAGACGAGCGAAAAAAUCAAGCGAGCAGUGAAAUAGCGAACGAAGGAGAAACGGCAGGAAGAGAGAAGGGGAGAGUCUGUAAGCAUCUUUUUACAUACCUCAAUCCGCCCACUACCCCGCUCACUUCCUGAAAAACCGUUUCUCGUGUCAAAAUUAUCAGGGAGUUUUAGCAACGACGACGGCGACGGCAGCGAGACUGUCAAAACAGCAAUAGGUGUAUUAAGCAAGACAGCAGGUUUGCACGUGCAUCACGCUUUUCUGUACAUUUCUUAGCCGUUACUGCACGACUACGACGUGAAAAUGCCUAACUUUACGUUUUAUGGAGGACGUAAACAAGCGACGAAAGAUUCUUUCUCUUUCUUAACUUGAAUGCGGUCCCCAAGAAAUCAACUCUAGAGAAAUUUGCCUACUUUAGACAUUUUCAGUGAAUUGGAAUAAACGAGAAAAAGUUUGAAAAAACACCAAUUCAUUUAAAAAGUGACGUUUUAGCUGCCGUCGCCCUCGUCGAUGCCAAAACUCCCUAAUGUCAAAUGUCAAACCGUCAAAAGGUGCGGUGUAGAAAGGUUUAUAAACAUGCUCGCCACGUUUGUUAGUCUCUGCGCACGCAGAGGCUUAAGUGUUGAAGUAAACUGUCACAAUUGACCAAUCAUAGGAUAAUACCAGGAGCUGGUAUACCGGAAUGAGGUAUUGAAAACAUGCAGGCUCCACUAUUUCGUCCUUCCCCAGCCCCCACGCGCUUUUCGCCCAACUUUUCUCGAUCCGCUUUCCUCACUUUCUGGAAAAGGCUAUCCUGAAAAUAACAUUUAUUUCAGUGCAGGCCUGGUGAUGCCCUUCCAUCAUCAUUGCAGGCUUUUUUGUUUCUAAUACUCUAUACUCAUUUUGUUUUCAAGUUGUUGUCCUAAAGCCCGCUUUACUUGUCUAGUAGUACGCUCUCGGGAAGUAGAGCUAUUUGCCUGAUGUCUCCGAUAAGGAUAAGGGAAAUGCCCUGGGUAUGGGAAAAGGUUCCGCGUAACAAUGGGCACUGGGCUUGAUGGUAAUACUCCCUGUUCAGUGGGGGAGGGCACAGGCUAACGUGGAGAAUGAGGCGUGUAACUUCUUCUAUUUUAAAACCGAUUUGGGAAGAGCUUGACAAGAGUAUUUUCCUGUUUUUAGACUAAAGCAACUCAAAGUUAUCUAUCUAGUGAGCUCUCCCGGAUUGGCAGGGAGACUGUAUGUGUUGGGAGUCUCUAUUUCGUGGACUUACAGGGAUUUUUACUUCCUCCUCUCAGGCAGCUACUGAAAACAACAGGUGGAAGUAGAAACAAAUCUCCCAGCUCGCACCAACGUCCCUCGUCAGCUUCCGUGAUAAAAUCUCUGGAUAAGAAAGGACGGAUGUUGAGAGGACGGUGCAAAUCAGCUCAGCCAAUGAAUAGACGGCAGCAACAGGUUAUUGUACAGGAAAAGAAAGGUUAGACGCGUGCUCUUUACUUAAAACUACAUUGCUCACUCAGUCAGGAAUGACAAAUAUUCAGGAUUUGCUCGGAAACUUAGGUAGUAUCUUAUUGUUGCUUUUUACUAUUGUUAAUAAAAUGUACCACCAUGGCGGUAACCCCCUAGUGUGGCUUGCUUCUAUUAUAAGAAGAAAAAUGAAAACAGUUGCGUGACAAAACUGCCCGCUAAAAUUUUGUACAAUAUUUUACGGAAAGUAUGGUAUGCUCUCAUCUUGUGACCUUUCUUCUUUUGUUGUUAUGCUUAUGACGAAAGCUUGCAAGGGUCAAAGAAAAAUGAAAACUUUGAUGGGGUGGGGGUGGGGGGGGGGGGGGGGGACUUUGGUAAGAGGGCGUUUCCUCAACCGUCUUGUACUCUCAUUAUUUCCCGCUCAGAGCUCAAUCCAGAUCUAACGGUAAUAAGACUUUACUUUUCUAAUUUAGAUGUCGAUCAGACAAACGUUGCGGAUGACCCUGGUGAGUAUUCCGACGACUUCGAUGAGUUGGACGACGAAGAGUAUUCGGAUGAAUCCGACGAAGGCUCGAACGGUGAUUCGCCGAAAAAGCCGGUGUCGGCAGCAAAAAAGGAAGAAAACGGAGAGGAUGAAGAAGCAGAAGUUGAAUAUCCUGAUGAUUUUGAAGAUGACUCGGAAGAAGAGGUGAGAUAUUGCAAUUAAUAAUAUAGUCAAACGUUCCGAUCGUUGACGGCUGCUUUAUUUUGUCAUCAGAGGUUGCGCGCUUCUUUUAAUUAUGUCAUUUUACGUCGCAAAAAAAAAAAAAAACUAUGGCCGGAUUUAUAAUACAAACACCAAUAAAAUAACACAUGAGCUUUCGCGCGAAAACAAGAUAUCCUAACACGUGAAAUACACGUGAAAAGAUUACCGUUGCUAUGCCUGCAUAAUAAGUCGCGCCUUUCGCAAAAACAUCAACAAAAAACAUAUAAAAGGAAAUGGUUAUUACGUAUUUUAUUGGUGGUUAUGUAAUAAAUACAACAUUACAUAUUUCGUAUUUCCGCGCGGCUAUGUAAUGUUUAGUGCUCGGUGUAUGAACGCUUCUACUUCUCCACGCUUUUGUUAUGUUUAUUUUAGUUGCAUUUUACUCUGACUGUUGACAUAUUCGGCUGCGAAAAAAUAUGAAAGAGUUGUUUUGUAUAAAGCAUGGUCGCUAUCGUAUUGCUUAGUAUAAAGCACGUACUCCCUCUGCUCCAAAUCUCGGCCUAUGAAUGCGUAAAGGCUGCAUACCCUAUCCGCGCGGCCAGGUAAUAUUUGGUGCUGCACAUAAUUAAUCGCGCCUUUCGCUAAAACAUCAACAAAAAACAUAUAAAAGGAAAUGGUUAUUAAGUAUUUUAUUGGUGGUUAUGCAAUAAAUAGAACAUUACAGGACCGCUUGGAUAUAAAAAUUUUCUCUUCUCGUGUUGAAAAGUAUUUCACGAGUGGGCGCAACACUCGAAGAGAAAUUUCGUGUAUCCCCUUGGUCACUCUGUUAAGUUUAAGGGUGACUACUGAUUAUAGCCCUGAGAUAAAUUUCCAUCUCGCUUUGGGGAAAGGAGUUGGUGUCAAAAGUAGUCACACCCCUUGGCCCAGAUGCAUAAAGUGAUAAUUUUCUGCAAGAUUCCCUCUGGUUCUUGCGUGGUAUCAAGGAUAGCUCAGCCAAAAACCGAUAAACGAGCCGUCCUAUUCAAGGGAAUGGUUGCUCAAUCAGCAUCUGUUUUAAAAACUAAUAAUCAUCAUAAUCAUAAUCAUAAUAAUAAAUAAGAAAAGGUAAGAAAAGAAGAAAAACACUCACACUUCUUAAUACAUUAUCUUAGAACCCCUUUCCAUUUUUCUCUCAAGAUUCUGGACGAUAUUCUCACGAACGCCAGGGCUGCUCAAGAUGCUGAAGGUAAUUUGGAAUCUAAGUACGAAUUUCAAAUAACUGUUUGUACGAUAACAUUUCACUUCCACAAUCUUCUUUUAACUUCACUUAUCUCAUUUGGCAGUUUUAUUAACAAACCAAAGGUUAAUUUCACAAGCUUCUGCGUUUGUUUGUUUUCAAGGAAUCUCGAAUAGUCCAGUUUCGAAUUCGUCGCGGCCGCUGUAUUGAGGCACUGAAGGCUCAUUUGUAAAUAGUUAGCCUCGAUCAAAGGUAAAUAUAUUCACAAUUUCCAGUCAGAAGAAGGCCUGUGUACAACUGUAUCUAUUGUUUUAAACUCAAAUUCCGGCACCUUCUUCUUUAGAGUCUUUAGUGCUUCUAUUCAACGACGAAUUCAAAACUAGACUAUUGUGGUUUAAGAUGACCUCAGAUUCCAGUUGUGUAUAUAGGAGCUGCUCGUAAGGUCUCUCCUGAUUGGUCGUAGAAAGCAAUGACAUGUCAUUCUUUCAAUUGUUUCAGUAUUGUUUGGGGUCAGGGUUAGACACCAUUGGUGACUUCUCUUCCGAGCAGCUGCUACAUGACCCUCAGAUUCAUUGAAUUGUCUUGUGCAACGUAGUGUAAUUUGGAAUUUGAUUGAAUAGUAAAUGCUCCAUUUCCAGACGUCAAUAUUGACACCUUGAGAUCAGUACAUCUUUUAGCUGGUGUAGAAUUGUUUUCAUGUCACUAAUAAUCAUAUACGGCCUCAUUGCCUCAGCAGUGGAAGAAGAAAUCGUGGAAGACUUGGAUAGACCAUUGUCCUGCAAACAGAAGCUUAAAGAGUAAGUUAUUUGGAGGUAUUCAGGAAACUCUUGAUCAAGUAGGCAGUAUUAAGUACCCGCUGCAAAAGUAAAUAAUAAUAGGAGUACCGAACACUCCACGAACCAUUUCCAGACUCACUUACUUAUAUAAUAGGAGAUAAAAAACAGACAAACAUUAUUAAGUGCUUGUGUCAUAGAAAGUUUACAAUGCGCGAUAUAAUACAGUUAAGAUCAUUUCAUACAAAUACGUUUUUCACAAAAAAGAACAAUGAAGGAAGGAAAGAGAAGGGCAUAUGUAUCCUCCUUUGGGAAGAGCAAAUGUUUGGGGACUUUCCACAUUAUCGUUACAACGUUAGAGAGAUUUAGAAUCACACUUAUGACAAACUGCAAACGACAAUUAACAUACCAUGUGACCAAAUUCUCCUUUUCAUUGUAGUUUACUGUUAAUUAUAUCUACACAGAAAUAAGUAGGUUCAUACGAGGCUUAUCCAUAAGAAUUAUUGUGCAUAGCGUUUUUCUGCUUAUUUUCUACUUUGAGAAAUUGUCAACUUGGAGCUGACGUAUGCCGUUUGCCGUAAACGUGAUUCUAACUGCCUGUUUACAUGGAGGUGGGGGACCCCAGUUUGGUGAGGUAACUCGCUUAUGUGGGGUAACCCGCCUGUUCAUAUAAUCUCCUAUUUUGAUUUGAUCACGCUUACAUGUUAGGUAGGGUGACCCGCCAUAUGUUACCUCACCUAUCUGGGGGCCCCCACCUCCAUGUAAUCGUUCUAUUACCUUCAGUUAUCUCCCCUUGCAUCAAUAUUCCAUGGUCUUUAGUCACCCUUUGGUCUUCGAGAAGGUUUUCUUACCUGUUUGCUAGAUGCUUGAAAUUUCUAGGAACGCCUGUAAACAAUAAUUACAAAUGUUUAGGAAUUUGAUAACUUUGAGCUUUUUUGUUCUUCCGCCAGGCAAGUGAUAAGUUUCAUAGGCGAAAAAACGUUUGAAGAGGUGCGAGAGAGAUUCGCUCGAGGAGAAAUGGGCAGCGAUCAAACUGAAAGGUAUGGUCAUCCCAGCAUAUUCGGAAACUGUCAAGGUUUUCUACUACUCUCGAAAACUGUAGUUCGUCUUCUCUAAAAUUUCUGCUUAGUCUGGGACUGUGAGAGGUUUCAUCGUCAUCAAACUGAAGGUCUCCUUUUUUUCACUCAACCGCGCGCCGUACUAACGAUGCCGGUCGUCUCUUAAGGGGUCCUUUAUAUACGACAGACACGAAAGACGUCCCCCAUUACAAUGAUACCGAAAAAAAAAUCGGUUUUAGCUAACUUAAUCUUUAAUCCCGCUUUAAUUUAAUUUUUAAGCCGAUCAGUUGAGUUCUGGACGGCAAUAGCAACGACGUUUGAAACGAACCUUGGAUCGCACAGGAACACUUACUAUUCAGGCUAGGCUCUUACUAGCCCUUUUUAACUUUGUUCUUUUAUGGAGUAGCCCUUCAGUUUGGUAUCAAUCAAUCAUUUUAUUAACGUUUUAAUGUUGAAUAGGUUUACCCCUAUCUCAGCCGGAGGCUCAUUUAAAAAACGAGUAACUAAUAAUUAUUAAAAAUGAUCUAGCCUCGCGAGUUAUCAUGCUUGACUUGGCGUAGUGGUUUACCUUAGUCAACUGCGUUCACGCAAUGUUUUUCGUAUUUACUGCAGGCCUGAAUUUGAAAAGCUAAGUGGAUCGGAGAUGAUGGAAACAUGCUAUCUUGUGAACGAGUUGUUCAUCGGUCCUGAAGAUGACAACUAACUCACGACAAGUCGAUAAAGAUGGAAGGGGUUUUCAUGCAAGGGUCAUAAAAUUGUACUGAAUAUCGCUGCCAAAUCAGGAAAAAAAUAGACAUUGACAAAUCAUAAACGCAGACUCAUGCAGAUUGGUUUGGGUUGUACUUUUGAUUGGUUGAAAAUGGGAAGCGAAAUUUCAGAAUCAGUGAAUAUUUUGAGAUACGGUCGAAAGCUGGAUUGCUAAAAAAUUUUAGUCCUGGAGAUAAGAAUUAUUAUAAAUUCAGGAAUGAACAUUCAUAGUCUUUGUUACCUGAAUUAAGAGUUGCUUUUGUGAAAAAGCGAGUCAACAUAAGUUAUUGCCUC